AUGGAAAUUCGCACAGACAGCGACGAUGCAACUAAAGAGUGGCUGAUUAUCCAGAGACCAAGAUCUCCUCGUGAUUUCAGCCCGGAUCAUCAGUUGCCUAUCCUGCAAGCAAAAACAGCCAACAUCAAAGGUCAACAACAAUGGAUAGAGCCCAGUCCAGUAGAAGUCCGCAGCGCCUCCGUGGCCAGGAACCUUCACUCGGUGACUGGAGGGGUCUCCAGCGGCCGAACAGCGAAGGGCCAACGCAAGAGACAGCGCGGGGGAUGCCGGCUGGGGGCUGCUGAUGUUGCUGCUGAUGAUGCUGAUGCUGAUGGUGAUGAUGAUGAUGAUGAUGAUGAUGAUGCUGCUGCUGUUGCCAGGUGGUCAGGGCCCAGCGGCGAAGAGGCGAAGGGCGAGAAGAUGCCCGAGGGUGAGACCAGUCAACCACGUGAACACGCCAAAUCCCACGCCCGCCGGCAAUGA